AUGGGUGCCGAUGAACCACCGAUUGGGCUGAAGUGGCGUUCGAAUACCCUGUUCAUCAUCGCUACAGUCGCUAUAGGCCUGUUUACGGAUCUUUUUCUCUACGGCUUGAUCGUUCCGGUUCUUCCUUUCCUGCUGCAAGAAAGAGUCAACAUUCCCGAGAGCAAAGUGCAGAGCUACGUGUCAGGUCUACUUGCUGCAUAUGCUGGUGCUAGUGUCGUUUUCAGUAUACCUGCAGGCUGGAUCGCGGAUCGUACGAAUGCUCGUCGAACGCCUUUCCUAGCGGGACUUUUGGCACUACUUGGGGCAACGAUAAUGUUGGCAUUUGGUCAGACGGUUGGCGUUCUUGUUGCAGCCAGAAUACUGCAGGGCAUAAGUGCGGCAGUCGUCUGGACCAUAGGCCUUGCGGUCGUGCUAGACACAGUUGGCCCCGAGAACUUGGGUAAGGUGAUAGGGUCUAUCUUCUCGUUCAUCUCGGUGGGAGAGCUUGCUGCACCUGUGCUCGGUGGUGUACUGUACAGCAAGACAGGAUAUGCUGGCGUCUUUGGCGUUGGAGCUGGACUGCUAGGAGUUGACUUUCUCAUGCGUCUGUUGAUUAUCGAGAAGAAGGUCGCUGUAUGCUAUGGCGCAGAUGAUGCAUCGACCAAUCCUAGGCAGCAUGAUUCAAGAAGCGGUGAGAAUGAAGACGAAGAGAACGUGGAUGAAGGGACGAGCUUGCUUGAUAAGAAAGAGGAGGGAAAUUUCAAGAUUCCGCAACCGCAGAACAAAAUCGUCCGGACCCUACCUGUCCUCUACUGCCUGUCAAACCCAAGAGUUGCAGUUGCAUUACUCUUGUCCUUUGUGCAAGCAGCUACGCUUGCUAUGUUUGACGCCACUAUCCCAACAGAAGCAUCAUCUUUACUCGGGUUUAGUUCGCUUGAGGCAGGGCUUCUGUUCAUUGCUCUCGACAUACCUUAUCUCAUUUUGGGCCCUGUCGCUGGAUGGGCUGUGGACAAGUAUGGCACAAAGCCGGCAGCAGUUAUAGGGUUUGGCUACCUCGUGCCUGCUCUGGUACUGCUAAGGCUGCCAACGGCAGGUAUUGUUCAUGGACAGAAGGCAACUCUUAUUCUCUGGUGUGUAACCCUCGCUUUGUGUGGGAUAGGCAUGGCCAUUAUUGGCUCCCCCAGCAUUGUCGAAGCUAGUGACGUUGUCCAAAGAUACGACAAGGCCAACCCUUCAUUCUUUGGAAGCAACGGUCCCUAUGCUCAGCUGUAUGGGUUCCAAUCUCUAGUCUUUUCAGCUGGACUCACACUCGGCCCUAUUCUCAGCGGUACCCUGCGGGACAAAGUUGGGUAUGGGAACAUGAGUGCUGUCUUUGCAGCCAUUGCUGGUGUUACGGCUGUACUGUCCUUCUUCUUCAUUGGAGGCAAGCCAGAAAGCCUGAAGAAGAUUGCUCAGAAGCACAGCAUUAGCUUUCGUUGA